CCCAAGUCCCAACACCCGUCGGCGUCGAGCAGCGGCAGCGGCGGCGGCGAUGACGACGAGCCUGAAGAAGAACCGGAAGAAGCGCGGGCACGUGUCGGCGGGGCACGGCCGCAUCGGCAAGCACCGGAAGCACCCGGGAGGCCGCGGCAACGCCGGCGGCAUGCACCACCACCGCAUCCUCUUCGAUAAGUACCACCCGGGCUACUUCGGCAAGGUGGGCAUGCGCUACUUCCACAGGCUCCGCAACAAGUUCCACUGCCCGUCGGUCAACGUGGAGCGGCUCUGGUCGAUGGUGCCCGCCGGCAAGGCCGCGGAGGCGGCCGGCGCGGACCAGGCCCCGCUCGUCGACGUGACGCAGUUCGGCUACUUCAAGGUGCUCGGCAAGGGGAUGCUGCCGUCCAGGCCCAUCGUCGUCAAGGCCAAGCUCAUCUCCAAGGUCGCCGAGAAGAAGAUCAAGGCUGCCGGAGGCGCCGUCCUGCUGACCGCUUAGGUCCUUUUGCAUCUUGUUUCAACUAUCUGCGCUAAGAAAUAUUCUAUCUUUUUUUGGGUGGAUCUAUGAGACCCUGGUUUUGAGCACUUGGUAACGAAUAUGAGUUCGAUUAUAUCGAUGCUGCACACCUCUUGCUGCAUGUAUUAUUCAUUCUAUGCAGUUGCAGUUCAUGUGGGCUGUGCUACUGAGAUAUGAAAUGUUUUGGCAUUUUUC